GUUACCGUUGUCAAGGCGACAGAUGACGUAACACUCAAAGGAAUGCUGCUUCUUCUUCUACUACUACUUGUAAUGGCGGUUGGUAAACAGCUUGUAGUGCACUACCGACACCAACUGGACUUGUAAUGUAUGGCAACGUGGUUACAGUGCAGAAGUGUUUGGUCUGGCCUUGAUUACAUGUUCUGCUGUGUCUGGUUGGACACUAAAUGGACCUGCAGUGCACUAAACAGAGCUCUUUCCUCUGAGAGAGAGAGAGAGAGAGAGAGAGAGAGAGAGAGAGAGUUUGGAAGUAUGGUGAAGGGAAGUUCAGGGACCCGAGGGGCAGGUUUAGGAGGCAGAGCUCCUUGAUUAUGAGGAGCAGGUGUGGGAGCAGACAGAGGUUGAGAGGAAGACAUAAAGAAAGAGAGAGAGAGAGAGAGGGGAGGUGCCAGCUGCCCCAGAUAUGCUGCAAGAUGAUCAUGUACAAGCGUCUCGUCAUGUGCCAGGCAUCGCAGUGGUGAAACACAGGCCAGAGGCUUGAUAUGCCGCUGUGGAUUUACAUCACCCAUGUGUCCCUGAGGCUUUUGAGAAAGCUAAACAGCUGUUGCUCAGUAGCUCAGUUAUGAUGCCAACCAAAACCUAAAAUUAGCGUGCGAUGCCUGACUUUAUGGAGUGGGUGCUGUGAUUUCACACAUUAUGGACAAAGGAGAUGAGCGCCCCGUAGAGUUCGCAUCUCACACGCUCUCUGAGACAGAGAAAAAGUAUGCUCAAAUAUAGCGUGACACUAUAGUAUGUGGGGUCGAAAAGUUUCAUAAAUGUAUUUAUGGAAGAAAAUUUACACGUAUAACUGACCACAAGGAGUUGCUGGUAAUACUUGGACUUGGACAAAGCAGCAAUACCAACCCUAGCUGCACUCAGAAUGCAGAGAUGGACAUUAGUGCCGAUGGCACCGCAAUAUCCUGACUACCAACUUUGGAAAAAGAAUACACCGGGGAAGAGGGAAGUGUGUUUUACUUUUCUCAUGUGGAUGAGCUUCCUGUGUAUACCAGGGAUAUAACACAAGCUACAUGGAAAGAUCCAGUGCUCCGCAAGGUGUCGAAUUUCCUGGUGAAUGGCUGGCCGAACUAUGUUUCUGAGGAGAGUUUGAAACCUUUCUUCACAAGCAGAUCAUCUGAUCUUCACUUGGUAUCCUUCACCAUCACCCUCCGUAUCCUGCCUAACUUCAAAGUCUGAUCUUCACAACACAUGUAUGUGGAAGUGUAUCAUGGCCACGAACAAAGGAGAUUUCUGAGGACCUCAGAAAAAGAGGUGUUGAUGCUCAUCAGGCUGGAAAAGGUUACAAAACCAUCUCUAAAUAGUUUGGACUUCACCAAUAGUCAAUCCAGAUUGUGUACAAAUGGAGGAAAUUCGACAAAGAUCCCUCCAAGAGCAAGACGUGUAAUAUUCCGCGAGGUCACAAUGGAAUCCAGGGUAACUUCUAAAAAACUGAAGGCCUCUCUCACAUUGAUAAUGUUAAUGUUCAUGAGUCCAUCAUCAGGAGAACACUGAACAACAAUGGUGUGUAUGGCAGGGUUACAAGGAAAAAACCCCUGCUCUCAAAAGAGAACACUGCUGUAGUUUGGUAAACAUCACGUGGACAAGCCAGAAGGCUAAUGGAAAAAUCUUUUGUGGAUGGAUGAGACCAAAAUAGACCUUUUUGGUUUAAAUCAGAAGCAUUAUGUUUGGAAAAAGGAAAAAUCUGCAUUCCAGCAUAAGAACGUUAUUCCUUCUAUGAAACAUGGUGGUGGUAGUAUCAUGGUUUGGGCCUGUUUUGCUUCAUCUAGACCAGGAUGACUUGCCAUCAUUGAUGGAACAAUGAAUUCUGAAUUAUACCAGUGAAUUCCAAAAGAAAACGUCAGGACAUCUGUCUGUGAUCUGAAUCUCAAGAGAAAGUGGGUCAUGCGGCAAGACAAUGACCCUAAGCCACCUGAGCCACAGCCGCUCCAAUGGUCCCACAUUAAUACUUUUGGAACACUUUUGUAUCUAAAGACAUCAUCCCAUAGUGCUUGAUGGUAUCUUUGCAGCAAUUCCUCCUUCAGCUACAAUUUAGAGAUGCCAAUCAGCCUACAGCGCAUGUCCUUGGACUGAGGGAGGAAACCGGAGUACCCAGAGGAAACUUCCGAAGCACGUGGAGAACAUGCAAAGUCCGGGCACACAGGGCGGAAGCAGGAUUCGAACCCACAACCCCAGAGGUGUGAGGCAAGUGUCCUAACCAGUGUCAACGGAGCAAUAGGGCAAGCGUCAAACUACUGGACCAGUGUCCAGCACUUCAGGGAAUAACAGACUGGUCUAACUCAGUUGAAAAAAACAACCGAAGCUUCCAGUUCAGUUGGGGGAGGGUGGGACAUUUCUCCUAAAGGGGAUCUCCUAUGAGAGAUAAAGGCUUAACAGCACUUUACAACUGCUCAGAAGUAAUUAAUAAUGGUAUGUUGAAGUCAAUACAUUCAUUGAAAGUUGUGUUUUGUGUGACAUUGGAAGCUCAUUCAUUUAUUACUCUUGGUCAUGGGUUUUAGUGCAUUUAAAACAUGCUGACUCUUUAAAUAUUUUGAGUUUGAAUAAUGUAAUUUAAUACCUUCUGUAAUUUUUCCAUAGGAGUGGAACGUAACUGAGUUAACCCUAAUAUUGUAUAUGGAUGCAACCACUGGGACAUUGUGGGUACUUUACUGUUUAAUCAAAUUCAUUUAAUUAAAGUAUAUUUGCUUGAUGUAUGUUCUACUUGCACUAUUUCUUGUGGCACAUGAUAUAUAGUUUAAAUAUCAUUAAUAGCUCAAUUUUUGCCAAAGUAAUGGUGCCACCCCUGUUUCUAACCAAUAAACCACCAUGCCCCCAGUGUUAUCUAUUGACUUGUCAAAUGUUUUCCAUUAUGUCUAGUGGUAAUGUCAGUGUAAGGGUGGGAGUAUGAUUUAAAAUUCUUUUCUUUUUUUUUCUUGAAAUUUUACCCUCAUGUCACAGUUUUGCUGCAGUUUUCACGGAGUGACUCAAUUCCCCACACAUGGGGAUUAGUAACCAGUGUAAUCCCGCCCAUAGUUUUUUUUUUUUUUUUGAUUGGCUGUUAGACUCUCCGCCUCUCUUCUAGAGGAAGAGGGGAAACACGUAUUACGUCAUAAAUUUGCAUUGGCUAUAAAAAAAUGGCUGCCACGAAAUGGAAAAAAGUAUUAUUGUUAUUAUUAUUAUUAUUAUUAUUUUGCAUUUAAACCACUUUCCUGUCAGUGUAUAUAAAUGGUGUCUCCCCCUCCCCCCAAAACUGAGUACAUUUCAAAUCUUGAAAGUACAGCUAAACCAUUUUCAACAAGAACAUCAUGUCUAAAUAAGGACAGCUCAGAGGAACUUCAUGGUUAUCCUGUCACAUUCAAUUACACGCUCAUUUUCUUGAGCUAUGUAAGUUACAUAUUUACUGUUUGUUAUCCAUUUCCUGCUUUGACGCCUCACUCCGCCCACCAGGUGUAGCCCCGCCCCCCGAGCUGCACAGUGCCGCGGUCUGACUUCUUGAGCGUGUAGUAGAGCUGUGCAUGCGGAUUUCGGGAAGUGAACUUGCGUUACAGCGUUGCUUUCCUUAGAAGCGUCGUAGUGGGCCAGCAGAUAUUCUAGGUUAAGUGUGUGUGUGUGUGUAUGUAUGUAUGUAUGUAUGUAUGUAUGUAUGUAUGUAUGUAUGUAUGUGUGAAUGUGUGAGUGUGUGUGAGUGAGUGAGCGAGCAAUCUCGACUGUAGCCAUUACUGCUCUGAGAGUGGCUUUCACGUGGUUCCAUCCUCGACUUAGAAGAAGCGUCAUCACAUCUCCUCGGAAAGAGAACCGGGUUUAUCUCGAUCAGUUUGAUUCUUUUCUGCAAUCAGCCUUCAGUUAGUUUAAACAUGUCGACGGAAAUGGCAUCUCUGAUCCUGGAGGACGGAACCACGUUUAAAGGCCGUCUUUUCGGUGCCAAUAUUUCAGUAUCUGGUGAAGUUGUUUUCCAGACAGGAAUGGUGGGCUAUCCAGAGGCUCUCACUGACCCCUCGUAUAAAUCUCAGAUACUGACUUUAACCUACCCACUGAUUGGGAACUAUGGUGUACCCAAUGAUGUCAAUGGUGAAUUUGGAUUUAGCAAGUGGUUUGAAUCUGCCAGGAUCCAUGCAGCUGCUCUUAUAGUUGGGGAGGUUUCUCAGAAUCCCAGCCACUGGAGCUCAGACAAGUCUCUAGAUAAGUGGCUCAAAGAGCAUGGUGUCCCUGGGCUACAGGGAGUUGACACGCGCUCUUUGACCAAAAAGAUCCGGGAAAAAGGGACCAUGCUAGGGAAGCUUGUGGUGGAAGGGACCUUAGCAGACAGCAUACCUUUUGACAAUCCUGAUACUCGGAACUUGGUGAAAGAUGUGUCUUUGAAAGAACCCAGGGUUUUCAAUACGGAGGGUAGCGUAAGGAUCCUUGCAGUGGACUGCGGCAUUAAGUACAAUCAGAUCCGCUGCUUGUGUGAGAGAGGUGCCCGGGUCACCGUGGUGCCAUGGGAUUACCCUCUGAAUGCCAACGACUUUGAUGGACUGUUUAUUAGUAACGGUCCUGGUGACCCCAACUAUUGCAAGGAGACUAUAGAAAACCUGAAAAAGAUUGUAUGUGUGGAAAACCCGAAACCUGUGUUUGGAAUUUGCUUGGGUCAUCAGUUGCUGUCGUUGGUUAUUGGUGCGAAGACGUACAAAAUGAAAUACGGGAAUCGUGGGCAUAACCAGCCUUGCAUCCAUAAGGGUACAGAGCGUUGCUUCAUCACAUCUCAGAACCAUGGAUUUGCAGUGGAUCCUCAGACCCUUCCAGAUGACUGGGAUGUUCUCUUUACCAACGCCAAUGACCACACAAAUGAGGGCAUUGUGCACAACAGUAAACCUCUUUUCAGUGUCCAGUUCCAUCCUGAGCACAUGGCUGGACCCGCUGACUUGGUGAGCCUUUUCGAUGUUUUUCUGGACAUCGUCCGAGAUGCCAUAAAGGGCAACGUUGGCAAGUCAGUAAAGGAGAGGCUGACUGACCAUCUGACCUUCCCCGGAUCUCCAAAGCCAGAAGACUUCGUUCGGCCCCGCAAAGUUCUCAUUCUGGGUUCUGGAGGACUCUCUAUUGGACAGGCUGGAGAAUUUGAUUAUUCUGGCUCUCAGGCAAUUAAAGCGCUCAAAGAAGAGAACAUCCAGACUAUUCUCAUCAACCCUAACAUUGCCACAGUGCAGACCUCUAAAGGCCUGGCUGACAAAGUAUACUUCCUCCCAAUCACCCCAGAUUAUGUCUCACAGGUAAUCAAGAAUGAGCGUCCUGAUGGAGUGCUGCUGGCAUUUGGGGGUCAGACGGCUCUAAACUGUGGAGUGGAACUGACUAAGCAGGGUGUACUGGAGAAGUAUAACGUCAGGGUUUUGGGAACUCCAGUGGCCUCUAUUGAGAUGACUGAGGACAGGAAGAUCUUUGUGGAGAAAAUGGAGGAGAUCAACGAGCAUGUUGCACCAAGCGAAGCAGCCAUGUCUGUGGAACAGGCAGUAGCUGCUGCCGAGAGGCUCGGCUACCCAGUGCUGAUCCGCUCAGCCUUUGCGCUUGGUGGACUGGGCUCUGGUUUUGCUAACAACAAAGAAGAGUUGAUCACGCUGGUCAUGCAAGCCUUUGCCCACACAUCUCAAGUCCUGGUGGACAAGUCCCUCAAGGGCUGGAAGGAAAUUGAGUACGAAAUCGUACGAGACGCUUACGACAACUGCAUCACGGUUUGUAACAUGGAAAACAUAGACCCUCUGGGAAUUCACACCGGCGAGUCUAUAGUUGUGGCUCCUAGUCAGACGCUGAAUGAUUAUGAGUACAACAUGCUGAGGAGCACCUCCAUCAAGGUUAUCCGGCACCUGGGGAUUGUUGGCGAGUGCAACAUCCAGUACGCGGUCAACCCAGAAUCUGAGCAGUACUACAUCAUUGAGGUGAAUGCUCGUCUCUCCCGGAGCUCCGCUCUGGCUAGUAAGGCCACAGGAUACCCUCUGGCCUAUGUUGCAGCUAAGCUUGGCCUGGGAAUCCCCCUCCCUGUCCUCAAAAACUCUGUGACCAACUCCACAACCGCCAACUUCGAGCCCAGUCUUGACUACUGUGUGGUGAAGGUUCCUCGCUGGGACUUGAGCAAGUUCCUCAGGGUUAGCACCAAAAUCGGCAGCUCCAUGAAGAGUGUCGGGGAAGUGAUGGCCAUUGGGCGCAGUUUUGAGGAGGCUUUCCAAAAAGCUCUCAGGAUGGUAGAUGAGAACUGUGUUGGGUUUGACCAUACCAUCAAACCAGUUUCUGAACAGGAGCUACAGAUUCCUACAGACAAGAGGAUAUUUGUGCUGGCGGCAGCCCUGUAUGCCGACUACAGCAUAGAUCGACUGUAUGAGCUGACCAAAAUUGACCGCUGGUUCCUGUACAAGAUGAAAAACAUCAUAGAUCAAGAGAAGCUCCUGGAAACGUACAAUCAGGAUGAAAGUGCAAUGCUGCCUGAGGUGAUGAGAAGGGCAAAGCAGUUGGGCUUCUCAGACAAGCAGAUUGCUCUCUCUGUGCAAAGCACCGAGCUGGCCGUGAGAAAGCUGAGGCAUGAUUGGAAGAUUUUGCCCAUGGUAAAGCAGAUUGACACGGUGGCUGCUGAGUGGCCUGCCCACACCAACUACCUCUACCUGACGUAUCAUGGCAUGGAGAGUGACGUAGCCUUUGAUGAACCUCAUGUCAUGGUGAUCGGCUCUGGCGUCUACCGCAUCGGCAGCAGCGUGGAAUUCGACUGGUGUGCCGUGGGAUGCAUUAAGGAGCUUAGGAAGAUGGGUUAUAAGACAAUAAUGGUGAACUACAAUCCCGAAACGGUUAGCACAGACUAUGACAUGUGCGACAGACUCUAUUUUGAUGAGAUCUCGUUUGAGGUGGUGAUGGACGUGUACGAGAUGGAGAACCCAGAGGGAGUGAUUCUUUCUAUGGGAGGCCAGCUCCCCAACAACAUCGCUAUGUCUUUGCACAGGCAGCAGUGCCGCAUCCUGGGCACAUCGCCCGAGUUUAUUGACUCAGCCGAGAACCGUUUUAAAUUUUCUAGGAUGCUGGACACCAUUGGAAUCAGCCAACCGCGCUGGAAAGAGCUGUCCGAUACAGAGUCAGCUAUGCAGUUUUGUGAUGCGGUGGGCUACCCGUGCCUAGUGAGGCCGUCCUACGUGCUCAGCGGAGCGGCCAUGAACGUGGCCUACUCUCAUAGUGACCUGGAGAAGUACUUGAGCAGCGCUGUUGCUGUGUCUAAAGAGCACCCUGUUGUUAUCUCCAAAUUUAUCCAGGAAGCCAAGGAAAUUGACGUGGAUGCUAUAGCGUGUGACGGGGUGGUCAUUGCCAUUGCUGUUUCCGAGCAUGUCGAGAACGCCGGAGUGCAUUCUGGGGAUGCUACGCUGGUUACGCCACCACAGGACAUCAACCAGAAGACCAUGGAGCGCAUUAAAUUGAUCGUGCACGCCAUUGGUCAGGAGCUACAAGUCACAGGACCGUUUAACUUGCAACUCAUCGCCAAGGAUGACCAGUUGAAAGUGAUUGAGUGCAAUGUACGAGUGUCGCGCUCCUUCCCUUUCGUCUCCAAAACACUGGGCGUAGAUCUUGUGGCUUUGGCGACACAGGUCAUCAUGGGACAGGAGGUGGAAGCUGUGGGACUCAUGACAGGGAUCGGCAUUGUGGGAGUUAAGGUUCCGCAGUUCUCCUUCUCUCGGCUGGCCGGGGCUGACGUAGUGUUGGGUGUGGAAAUGACGAGCACCGGCGAGGUGGCCUGCUUUGGUGAGAACCGUUAUGAGGCAUACCUGAAAGCCAUGCUCAGCACGGGAUUCAAAAUCCCGAAGAAAAACAUUCUCCUCUCCAUUGGCAGCUACAAGAAUAAAAGUGAGCUGCUGCCUACAAUUCAGGCUUUAGAGAGCCUUGGCUAUAACCUGUAUGCCAGCUUGGGCACGGCUGACUUCUACACUGAACAUGGCGUCAAAGUAAUGGCUGUAGACUGGCCUUUCGAAGAGGAAAGUGACUGCCCCAACAAGGACAAGCAGAGAAACAUCAUGGACUACUUGGAGGAGAACCACUUUGACAUGGUGAUUAACCUGUCCAUGAGGAAUGCGGGCGGCAGGCGUUUGUCCUCCUUUGUCACUAAAGGAUACCGUACCCGUCGCAUGGCUGUGGACUAUUCUGUACCUCUGAUCAUAGAUAUCAAGUGCACCAAGCUCUUUGUUCAGGCGCUGAGACAGAUUGGUCAAGCUCCUCCGAUCAAGACUCACAUUGACAGCAUGACGUCCCAGAAACUGAUUCGUUUACCUGGCCUCAUUGAUGUCCAUGUACACCUGCGAGAACCUGGUGCCACGCACAAGGAGGAUUUCUCCUCGGGCACAGCCGCCGCCCUGGCAGGAGGCAUUACCAUGGUGUGUGCCAUGCCGAACACCAACCCUCCUGUGAUCGAUCCCAGCUCUCUAGCCCUGGUCCAGAAGCUGGCGAAGGCAGGAUGUCGCUGUGACUAUGCUUUAUACGUGGGAGCGGGUUCAGACAACGCCACUAUUCUGCCAUCCAUUGCGAACGCCUCGGCUGGUCUGAAAAUGUACUUGAAUGAUACUUACUCAACGUUGAAAAUGGACAAUGUUUCCUUGUGGAUGGAGCAUUUUGAAAAGUGGCCAAAGAAUUUACCUAUAGUGGCCCAUGCAGAGAGGCAGACCGUGGCGGCCAUUUUGAUGGUAGCUCAACUCUACCAGAGACCUGUUCACAUUUGCCAUAUUGCCAAAAAAGAGGAGAUCUUGAUCAUCCGAGCCGCAAAGCAGAAGGGCAUCCAGGUGACAUGUGAAGUCGCACCUCAUCACCUCUUCCUGUGUGAAGACAACAUAUCCGUUCUAGGGAAUGGCAGGGCUCAGGUGCGACCCAUGCUGGGCACCCGAGAGGACAUGGAGGCACUGUGGGAAAAUCUGGAUAUCAUUGACUGUUUUGCCACUGAUCAUGCUCCUCACUCGGUGGGUGAGAAGGACUCAGAAAAGCCUCCACCAGGCUACCCAGGCCUGGAGACUAUGCUGCCCCUGCUGCUCACCGCCGUCAGCGAAGGCCGUCUCACCGUUGAGGACAUCAUCAAACGUCUCUACGAGAACCCAGCUCGAAUUUUCUCUCUUCCUCCUCAAGAGAAUACCUACGUGGAGGUGGAUUUGGAGCAAGAGUGGAUCAUCCCGAAGCACAUGCAGUUCACGAAGUCGAAGUGGACUCCUUUCGAGGGCAUGAGGGUGAAGGGUAAAGUGAUGCGAGUGGUGCUGAGAGGGGAGGUGGCCUACAUUGACGGACAGGUACUGGUACCUCCUGGUUACGGUGAAGAUGUGAAGAUGUGGUCAUCAGUUCCAGUUCAGUCAUCAGUUCCUGAAAUACCUAAGGAUGUCCAAAAGACCCCUGAGCAUCCUAGACAAGCGACUCCUAGUGAAUCUCUGCGUGCUCGAGCUGCGAGUCCACGCAGAUCAGCUGGGGACCGUUUCAUGCUCCCUCCUCGAGUCCACCACACUUCUGAUCCUGGUCUGGCACCAGAAAUGGCCCCUAUUGCAGAGACGUGCACACACCCUCCUCCACUAGCCAGAAUUCUAUCACCUCAGACGAGCCAGCCUCUGGCCGUGUCUCACAUCCAGACUUCGCCUCUGCUUCACCCUUUAGUGGGUCAACACAUCCUUUCUGCACGCCAGUUUACCAAGGAGCAGAUGUCCCACUUGUUCAAUGUGGCUCACACACUUCGUUUAAUGGUUCAGAAAGAGAGGAGCCUGGACAUCUUGAAGGGUAAGGUCAUGGCCUCCAUGUUCUAUGAGGUGAGCACUCGGACCAGCAGCUCUUUUGCUGCAGCGAUGCAGCGGCUCGGCGGCUCCGUUGUGCACUUCAGCGAAUCCACUUCCUCCACGCAGAAGGGCGAGUCCCUGACCGACUCAGUGCAGACCAUGUGCUGCUAUGCUGAUGUCAUUGUGCUGCGCCAUCCAGUGCCUGGAGCUGUAGAGAAAGCGGCAAAGCAUUGUCGGAGGCCGGUAAUAAAUGCUGGCGAUGGUGUCGGCGAGCACCCCACUCAGGCCCUACUCGAUAUCUUUACCAUACGGGAAGAGCUUGGCACCGUCAACGGAAUGACUAUCACUAUGGUGGGCGAUCUGAAGCACGGCAGAACUGUGCAUUCAUUAGCCAGACUGCUCACCCAGUAUCGCAUCAGCCUGCGCUACGUGUCCCCAAAGAACCUCAGCAUGCCCCACGAGAUCGUUGACUUUGUUGCAUCCAAAGGAAUAAAGCAGGAGGAGUUCAGCAGUAUUGAAGAGGCCCUUCCUGACACCGAUGUCCUUUACAUAACACGGAUUCAGAAAGAGCGUUUCGCCUCCGAGGAAGAGUACAAAGCAUGCUUCGGGAAGUUUAUCUUGACACCUCACAUAAUGACAGGAGCCAAGAGAAAAAUGGUGGUCAUGCACCCACUUCCAAGAGUUAACGAAAUUAGUGUGGAGGUGGACACAGAUCCACGUGCUGCUUACUUCCGUCAGGCUGAGAACGGGAUGUAUAUCCGGAUGGCACUUCUCGCCACUGUGCUCGGUCGCUAAAAAAAAAACCUUCGGAGCCGAGUGAAUAAACUGAAUCGACUCUACAAUGACUCUACAAGUCCUGCUGGAUGAAACCUUAUCACCACUUUCCUUUCUCAUUGUUUUAGUAGUUCAUAUCACACGCACAAACGUCAAACAUAGCAUAGUACUUCUUACAGCCACUUUAGUUUAUACAAUCAAGUAGUGAAAAAACCUGACAAAUGACUGGAGGCUAGCAACAUCCAUGUUUGUAAGUGAUGAGCACCAAACUAACACCUUAUUUACUCUAUGUAAGGGUUUUGUAAUAAAGGGUGAUCAUGGGAACAGCUGGAUUAUAUUUUUUGAUAAUAAAACUAAUUUUCAAUAUUG